CCGUGGUGCUGCCCAAACAGUGAGGCCUGAGCACCAGUGGAGGGUGCGUGUGUGUGUGUGUUGCGUCCCGGCACGGCUGAUAUAACAAGUGCAGUGUUACCUCCCCUCCUGGCGGUGUGUGAGUGCGGUGGGGAGAGGAAAUCUAUAGUGGAUUGGCUGUGGGUAGUGAGUGCGCGUUGCUGGUGCGUCCCGGGGAUGUGUGGAUACUGCUGCUGGUGUUGCUGCUUGCUGGUGACCGCACGCAUGCACCACGGACCGCUGAGGAGCGUGGGCGGUGCAGGCGUCGUGCUCAGGGUGGGCGGGGCGUGCUAGUGUCGUCGCGGACUGAGCGCGUCGAGCGGCGGCCUGUGACGCCCGAGCCGCAGCGAGCUGCCGCCGCCGCGGGUGGUGGCGCCCCGCCGCGCCGCCCCAGUGUUGUGAGUGGUGAGCCGUGUGCCGCGCGGUGCGUGCGGCGCCGUCAUGCACCCGCGUGAUGUUUGAGCCCCGCCGCCUCGGGGAGGGGAGAGGGGCGGCCGUCCCCUCCCACCCCGCCGUCCCGGUGCCGCCCUGCCGCCCCCACUGCUGCCGGGGAUGCAGACGGGACGUGGCGGAGGGCAGCGCGGGGGCGAGGCCGGCCGCGGCGGGUUGUGCGAGGACAGUGGGCGGCCCUGAUAGGACUCAUCCGCCGCGCGCUGCCCUUAUGGUGCUGCUGCUGCUGCUGCUGGGCCUGGCGCCGCGCCACGCCGCCGCAGAAUACGUGCGGGAGUUUGAGGUGUCUGAGGGCGUGGCGAUAGGGACAAAUAUCGGCUACAUCGGUGACAGUAACCCGGGGCAGCCGCCGCCUCCGUCGCCGCCCUACUUGAUCGUGCCGGUGCCAGGCAGCCCCGUGGACUCCGACCUGCGCAUCGAGGAGGACACGGGCGAGAUCAAGACCAUGGUGGUGCUGGACCGCGAGCUGCGCGCCUCCUACUCCCUGGUGGCCAUCCCGCAGUCCGGCGAGAGCAUCCGCGUGUUGAUCCGCGUCAAGGACGAAAACGACAACGCCCCGACCUUCCCCUCAGCCGUCAUGAACAUCGACUUUCCGGAGAACACGCCGCGGGACGUGAAGCGCACCCUGGCGCCGGCCCGGGACCGUGACCUGGGUAUCUUCAACACGCAGCGCUAUCGCAUCGUGUCCGGCAACGUGAACAACGCGUUCCGUCUCUCCUCGCAUCGGGAGCGGGACAGCGUGCUGUACCUGGACCUGCAGAUCAACGGCUUCCUGGACCGCGAGACCACCGCCUUCUACUCGCUGCUGAUCGAGGCGUGGGACGGCGGGUCGCCACCCCUCAAGGGAUCCAUGACCGUCAACAUCACUAUCCAGGACGUCAACGACAACCAGCCCAUCUUCAACCAGAGUCGUUACUUCGCUACCGUGCCGGAGAACGCCACCAUCGGUACCUCGGUGCUGCAGGUGCUGGCCACGGACACGGACGCCGGCGACAACGGCAAGAUCACGUACUCCAUCAACCGGCGGCAGAGUGACCGCGAGAACAUGUUCCAGAUUGAUCCCAAGUCCGGCGUGAUCUCCGUCAACAGGCCGCUAGACUUCGAGGCGAAGGGCGUGCACGAGCUGUUGGUGGUGGCGCGCGACAACGGUGACCAGCCCCUGGAGACCACCGCCUUCGUGUCCAUCCGCGUCAUCGACGUCAACGACAACCAGCCCACCAUCAACCUCAUCUUCCUCUCAGACGACGCCACGCCCAAAAUCUCCGAGGACGCGCAGCCCGGCGAGUUCGUGGCGCGCAUCUCCGUCAACGACCCGGACUCCAAGGAGGAGUACGCCAACGUGAGCGUCACGCUGGAGGGCGGUGAUGGCCACUUCGACCUGACCACGCAGGACAGCAUCAUCUACCUGAUGGUGGUGUCGCGCCCGCUUGACCGCGAGCUCAAGCCCAACUACACGCUAGUGGUGUUCGCCACAGACAUGGGCAACCCGCCGCUGCACGCCUCGCGGAAGUUUGACCUGCAAGUGACGGAUAUGAACGAUAACGCACCGGAGUUUGACCAGACGGUGUACCAGGCCAACGUGCUGGAGGUGGCGGACCCCGGCACAUCCGUGUUCCAGCUCUCGGCGCUGGACCGGGACGAAGGCAACAACUCCGUCAUCACCUAUUCCAUCCGCGACACGCCAGAGACACACUCGGACUGGUUCCAGAUAGACUCUCGCACCGGACUGAUCACCACGCGCACCCACGUGGACUGCGAGACGGAGCCGGUGCCGCAGAUCACGGUCAUCGCCACGGACUCCGGCUCCCCGGCGCUCUCCUCCUCCGCCACCGUCAAGGUCACCAUCAGGGACGUCAACGAUAAUGAGCCGAUCUUCGACCAAAGCUUCUACAACGUCUCCGUCCACGAGUCGGAAGCUGUGGCCACCUGCAUCCUCAAGGUCUCUGCAACGGACCCAGACUGCGGAGUGAACGCCCUGGUCAACUACACAAUAGGCGAUGGCUUCAAACGCUUUAAGGAGUUCGAGAUACGGCCCAAAACAGGCGACAUUUGUAUCUCAGGACAGCUCGACCACGAAACCAGGGCUGUCUAUGAGUUUCCUGUGGUGGCGACUGAUAGAGGCGGCCUUAGCACAACAGCAGCGGUGAAGAUACAACUCCUGGACGUGAACGACAACUCGCCCACCUUCUACCCGCAGCAGUACAAUGUGUCCCUCCGCGAGCAGCACAACCAGUCCGUGCCCGUGGUGGUGGUUGUGGCCACGGACAAGGACGCUGGGGUGUAUGGCCAGGUGACGUAUGAGAUUGUGGGGGAGAAUGACCCGGGCGGCUUCAGAAUUGACGGCAAAACGGGAGAGAUCUUCGUGACGGAAACCCUAUCAAAGGCCAACUCCAUGUAUCAUAUCAACGUGUCUGCCAGGGACGGAGGAGGUUUGAGGUCUGCCGUGGACGCUGAGGUUGGCAUCUCUGUUAUCGACACGAACCAAGAACCGCCGAUCUUUGAGAAUUCACGCUACACAUUUGGCGCCGCAGAGGACGUGCCGCCGGGAUCGUCAGUGGGCACCGUGACGGCAGUGUCCAGCAACAGAGGAGGCGGGGAGGUUCGCUACAACAUAUACUCGGGCGAUCCCAAUGGCUACUUCAGCAUAGACAGUCUGAGCGGCGUGUUGAGUACUGCGUCAGGGCUGGACCACGAGACGCACCCUUUUGUCCUGCUAAACGUGCUGGCGACUGCUGGAACGCCCCCUACCUACGGCCACACGCAGGUAAACAUCAGCAUCUACGACGUGAACGAUAACGCACCAGAGUUUGACGUGGCCACAGUCAAGAUAUCGGUGCGGGAGAACGCGGUGCUGAAGGAAGCUAUCUAUGCAGCCCACGCCUCGGACCACGACUCAGGGUCAAAUGGUAUGGUCACCUACUCACUGGAGAAGAACCCUGGUGACAUGUUCUUUAUUGACGAGAUGCAAGGAAUCUUAAUGCUGGCACAAGAACUGGACUACGAGAACAUACAGAAAUACACACUGGUCAUUGGCGCGAAGGACAGAGGAGUGCCGCGUCUUGCCUCCAAUCUUACCGUCAACCUCGAAGUACAGGACGUGAAUGACAACCCGCCAGUGUUUGAGAGGGAGGAGUACGCUGUCAGUGUCCUAGAAUCACUCCCUGCCAAUUCCCAGUUCCUGCAAGUGACGGCACAUGACAAGGACACAGGAAACAAUGCAAGACUCACCUACACCAUUAGAGAAAAGGAGUUUGAGAAUGUGUUUGGUGUCUUCCCUAACUCAGGCUCGCUCUAUCUGAAGGAGGUGUUGGACAGAGAGACACGUGACAGCUACGUGCUAACAGUGGUGGCGACAGAUAACGGCAUGCCAGUCUCCACCGCCUCCACCACCGUUGUCAUCACCGUGCUGGACGCCAAUGACAACACACCAACCUUCUCCAGACAGAUUUACGAGUUCACAGUGGAGGAGAACCUUGGGUCGGGCGCUGUAGUGGGCAGCGUGUCAGCGGAGGAUAAGGACAUGGGUAACAAUGCAUCCUUACGCUUCUCCCUAUUACCUUCAGACGGCUCCUUCCAAAUCAAUCCAGACACAGGUGAAAUCGUGACACGCGUGGCCUUGAACCGUGAACUGAAGGCGGUAUACGAAGUCACGGCCGAAGUUCACGACGAGGGCCAGCCGCCGAGACAUGCCCGGGCCACUGUGAGGGUUCUGGUCACGGACGUCAACGAUAACAGUCCCACGUUUAUUGAGCCUCGAGAACCCAGUGUCAGCGUGAGGGAAGAGCAACCAGCUGGGACGGAAGUGUUGCAGGUUCGCGCCACGGACAGGGACGAGGGCAACAACGCCUCCAUCACCUACUCCUUCAUCUCCACCAGUGACAAUGAUGACGACAGCGCCUUCACCAUCAACCCCACCACGGGCGUCAUCACCACCACCAAGGUGUUGGACCACGAGGCCAAGCAGGUGUACCGGGUGACGGUGCAGGCGAGUGCAGGCAGUCCUCCGCGGAACGUGACCACUGUGCUGCAGAUCGAGGUGCUGGACCUGAACGACAACCGGCCCACCUUCCCCGCCUCCUCCGUGGUGUUCAAAGUGCGGGAGGGCGUCAAGGUGGGCGAGGAGGUGGGCUCUGUGCUGGCUGUGGACCGUGACGGAGGGGAGAACGGACGCGUCACGUACACCAUCCUGUCCGGCAACACGUACGGCACGUUCGACAUCAACAAGACGACCGGCCAGGUGUUCACGGCGCGCGAGGUGGACUACGAGCUGACCACGGAGUACAUGCUGCAGGUGAAGGCCGUGGACUCCUCCGCCACCAACCCGCAGAGCUCCAUCAUCAACGUCAAGAUCGAAGUGCAGGACGAGAACGACCAGGCGCCGGUGUUCAAAGACGACCCCGUCAUCUUCUCCAUCAGCGAGAACACCGCCAUCGGCACGCCCGUCUGGAACUUCACCGCCACGGACCUGGACUCCGGCGACAACGGCUAUGUGCAGUACUCGCUGGCCCAGCAGCGCCCCAAGAAGGUGUUCCGCCUGGACGCCACCACGGGGAUGUUGACGCUCAUGGCGCCUCUGGACCACGAGGAGCACCGCGAGUACACGCUGGUGGUGACGGCCGCCGAUCAGCCCCGCGACGAGACGCAGCGCCGCCAGGCCUCCGUCACUGCGCGGAUCCUCAUCGAGGACUACAACGACAACUCGCCAAAGUUUGUGUCGCGGAGCCGCGUGGACGUGAUGGAGGACGAGCCGCGCGGCACGCCCGUGCUGCACGUCAUCGCCACGGACGAAGACUCGCGCGACAACGGCCGCGUCACCUACAUCAUCAGCUCGGGCAACGACGGCAGCUUCGCGCUGGACUACGAGACGGGCCAGCUCAGCAUCGUGAAGGCGCUGGACCGCGAGCGCGCCACGCAGUACCGCCUCAACGUGACGGCCAGCGACCACGGCGAGCCGCCGCGCUCCUCCGCACAGCUCAUCGAGGUGUUCGUGGAGGACGUGAACGACAACCCGCCCAAGUUCAGCCAGGCCAUCUACAAGGCCAAUGUGUCUGAGGGCGCGCCGCCAGGCACCUCCGUGGCGCGCGUCACCGCCUCGGACCGUGACUAUGGCACCAACAGCAACCUGACCUACAUCAUCCCCGCAGGCAUCGGCGACAACAAGUUCCGCAUCAACCCGUCCACCGGCGUGAUCCGCACCGUGGCCACGCUGGACCGCGAGGACAAGGACCACUACAGCCUCACCGUGUACGUGCGGGACGGCUCCUACCCCGCGCAGUACGACACCGCCUCCGUGCUGGUCACGCUCACAGACGUCAACGAUCACGCUCCGGAGUUCCGCGACUCAUGCUACCCGCUGCGAGUGCCGGAGAACACGGACCUAUCGGUGAUCCACACGGUGCUGGCCACGGACCGCGACGCGGGCCUCAACGGACAGGUGCGCUACUCCAUCACGGGCGGCAACGUCAACAACAAGUUCAGCAUCGAGUCCUCCUCGGGCCAGCUGUCCUCGCGCCCCCUGGACCGCGAGGCGCAGGCCAAGUACUUCCUGGUGGUGACCGCCGAGGACCGCGCCCAGUCAGCGCUGCGCGGCGUGUGCAACAUCACCAUCACAGUGGAGGACCAGAAUGACAACGACCCAAAGUUUUCGCAGAACCGGUACACCGCCACGCUGCCUGAGGACGCGCCGCCAGACACCGUGGUGCUGAUGGUGCGUGCCACUGACCGGGACCACGGGGAGAACGCGCGCAUCACGUAUUCCCUCAGCAACGAGACGCAGUGGCUCUUCAAGAUUGACAACGAGACGGGCGUCAUCACCACGGCGGGGCACUUUGACCGGGAGAAGCAGAGCGUGUACUCCUUCGAGGUGCGGGCCACGGACGGCGGGCGGUACGACGCGCGCUCCGAGAAGGCCCAGGUGCAGAUCUCCAUCAGCGACGUGAACGACAACAAGCCGGUGUUCACGCAGUUCCCCUUCACCGUGGACCUGCCCGUGUACUCCCAGCGCGGCCAGGAGCUGCUCAAGGUCACCGCCACGGACAGGGACGAGGGCGUCAACCAGGAGAUCGUGUACAGCCUCGUGGACGAGCCCGCCAACAGCAAGUUCCGCAUCAACCCCGAGACCGGCGUGGUGACGGCCACCAGCCCGCUCAGCAUGGAGAGCGUGCGCCUCUUCCACCUGGAAGUGGUGGCGCAGGACCGCGGGCGGCCGUCACAGUCGUCCACUGGCCUAGUGGAGAUCCGUGUGGGCGACGCCAACUCGGGCACCACGCUGCAGUUCAAGAAUUCGUCUUACUCUGUGGAGCUGGAGGAGAACGCGCCAGCAGGGUCUGACGUGGUGCAGGUGGCGGCGGUGCGCUCAGACAACAACUGGCAGCGCAUCGCCUACAGCUUCGGCUCGGGCAACGAGGAGAACAUCUUCGACAUCAUCAGCAACAACGGCCUCAUCCGCGUGCGUGACCCGCGCCGCCUGGAUUACGAGACGCUGCCGCAGAUGAAACUGGUGGUGGUGGCGCAGGCGGAGGGCGAGGUGCCGCUGUACGCAUACACCAGCGUGUGGGUCACCCUGGUGGACACCAACGACAACGCGCCGCGCUUCACACAGGACCGCUACGUGUCGUCCGUGUGGGAGGGCUACAACAAAGGCGAGUACGUGAUGCAGGUGUCCGCCACGGACGACGACACGGGCGUCAACGCCAACAUCGUGUACCAUAUCGUGGAGGGCAACCACGACAGCGCCUUCGUCAUCGACCCGCCCUUCUCCGGCAUCGUCAAGACCAACAUCGUGCUGGACCGCGAGAUCCGCGACGCCUACAAGCUCACCAUCAUCGCCACGGACGAGGGCAUCCCGCAGCGCACCGGCACCUGCACCCUCAGGAUCAACAUCGUGGACGCCAACGACAACCAGCCCACCUUCCCGCCACACUCCGUCGUGCAGGUCUCUGAAGGCUCCGAGGUGGGCACAGUCAUCACCACCAUCACCGCCAACGACGUGGACACCAACCCCGCCAUAACCUACAACUUCGCCACCACCGGCAACCCGCACAACAUGUUCAGCAUCGACAAGUUCAGCGGCAAGAUCACGCUGGCCAAGCCCCUGGACCACGAGACCCGCGCCGAGUACAUGCUGCAGGUGGAGGCCUCGGACACCUCACACGUGGCCACCACCUCCAUCACGGUGAAGGUCGUGGACGAGAAUGACAACGCGCCGAUCUUCACGCAGCAGGCUUACCAGGUGGCACUCCCCGAGCUGUCCCGCCCUGGCACUCCUGUCAUUAGGGUGAACGCCACGGACAAUGACGCGGGAGCCAACGCCCGGGUCAAGUACAGUCUGGGCAGCUCCUCAGACCCUGGCUUCUACAUCAGCGACCGCACCGGCAUCAUCUACACCAACUCCUCCGUGCACUACAACCCCCGCCAGCCCGUCAUCCAGUUGGUGGUGACGGCACGGGACGCGGGCCGCCCCUCCCUCGCCGCCGUGGCCGCCGUCAGGAUCCAGGUCACGGAUGUCAACGAUAACGCGCCAAAGUUCUCCCGCGAGGACUACACUGCCCACGUGAGCGAGGACGCGCCGCGCGGGCACCUGGUGACGCGGGUGUCUGCCUCGGACAUGGACGAGUCUCGCCACAACCGCAACAUUGACUACCGGCUGGUGGGCGGCAACGAGCAGGGCGCCUUCCAGAUCACCAGCAACACGGGCGAGAUCCUGCUGGUGCGGCGCCUGGACCGCGAGGAGACCGCCGAGUACCGCCUCAUCGCCAUGGCCACGGACCGGGGCCGCCCGGCGCGCAAUGCCACGGCCGAGGUGGUGAUCACGGUGGACGACGUGAACGACCACGCGCCGGUGUUCAACCAGAGCGAGUACGCCGUAACAGUGAGCGAGUCCCUGGGCCUGGCCGCCUCCGUGCUGCAGGUGUUGGCCACGGACGAUGACGCCGGGGACAACGCCGCCAUCAGCUACGACAUCACGUCCGGCAACGACCGCCAGGUGUUCGCGCUGGACUCGGAGACUGGUGUGGUGUCGCUGCGCGAGGCGCUGGACUUCGACACUGUGUCCGAGUACCGCUUCAUCGUGCGUGCCACGGACGGCAACAGACACCACCCCCUCUCCGCGCUAGCCACGGUGCACGUCACCCUCGAGGACGAGAACGACAACUCCCCGCAGUUCCCCGUGGACAAGUAUCUGGAGUUCGUGGCGGAGAAUUCCCCAGUGGGCACCACCGUGUUCACGGCACAUGCCAACGACGGCGACAAGGGCCCGUACGGCGCCCUCAACUACUCCAUCCCCGGCGGCAAGGACCAAGACAAGUUCGGCGUGGACCACAAGACGGGCAUCGUGGUGACCAAGGCCGUGUUUGACUACGAGGCCAAGCAGGAGUACUCCUUCCUGCUGCGCGCCGUGGACGCGGGCGGCAAGUCCUCCGUGGUGGCCGUGCAGGUCAACGUGGACAGCCAGGACGACUUCGCGCCGGAGUUUCUGGAGCGGAACUACUACUUCGCGGUGCCCACCAAGCUGGAGGCGGGCACGGUGGUGGGCCGCGUGGAGGCCACGGACAAGGACGAGGGGCUGGACGGCCGCGUGUUCUACUCCUUCCGCACCUCGUCCAGUGUGUUCAAGAUCAACCGCACGUCGGGCGAGAUCAGCGUGAAGCGGUCCGGCGUGCGCGAAGAGGGACUCACGCGCCUGGAGGUGGUGGCCACGUCGGGCCAGGUGGGCUCUCUGCGCGCCGUGGCUGUGGCCGAGGUGAACGUGGGCGGCAAGAACGGCACAUGGAACAACACGUCGCCUGUGACCACGGGCGGCCACGACUCUGGUGGUCUGGCCACGUGGGCCAUCGGCCUGCUCAUCGCCCUCAUCUUCCUCGUGCUCAUCUUCGGCGGCGCCUUCCUGCUGCUGUAUCGCCGCAACCUACGUGCGCGCAAGACCGUCAUGGCGGACCAGUUUGAUAACUCCUUCGACACCAUCGACAUCCGGCCGCCGCCCUCAGCCCCCGCGGACCUGUCCCAGUACCCGCCGCGCUACAACGACCUACCUCACUACGACCACCACGGGGAGCGCAGCCACCACCACGGCAACACCACCUCGGAGAUGAGCGAGCAGAGCCAGAGCGCCAGCAGCGGCCGCGGCAGCGCCGACGACAACGAGGACGUGGAGGACGAGGAGAUCCGCAUGAUCAACGAGGGGCCGCUCAUCCAGCAGCAGAAGCUGCGGGAGCGUCUGGGCCUGCCUGACUCCGGCAUCCGUGACGACGAUAACAUGAGCGACGUGUCGGUGCACAACACGCAGGAGUACCUGGCGCGCCUCGGCAUCGACACCACCAAGAGCGAGUCCACUAAGGGCUCGCAGGACCUGGCGCACUCCAUGGAGAGCAUGCACAUGUUUGACGACGAGGGCGGCGGCGAGGCUGACGGCAUGGACAUCAGCAACCUGAUCUACGCCAAGCUGAACGAGGUCACGCCUGAGGAGGACUCCUCCAUCAUGGACGGCACGCGCGCCUUCGGAUUCGGGGACGAGAGCCAGCCCUCCAUGACGGGCUCCCUCAGCUCCAUCGUGCACAGCGAGGAGGAGCUACAGGGAUCCUACAACUGGGACUACCUGCUGGACUGGGGGCCGCAGUACCAGCCCCUGGCGCACGUCUUCUCGGAGAUCGCGCGCCUCAAGGACGACUCGGCGCCCAACUACAGCCGCGAGCCGCUCAAGAAGACCCUGAACCCGCAGGUGAAGACCAUCCCGCCGCCUCUGCUGACCAGCGUGGCGCCGCGCUCCAUCGCCCCCGUGGCGCUCAGCUCGGCGCGCACCAGCCAGCUCACCCUGCCCUCCCUGCCGCGCUCCCCCAUCAGCCACGAGUCCUCCUUCACCUCCCCCGCCAUGUCGCCCUCCUUCAGCCCCUCCCUCUCGCCGUUGGCCACGCGCUCCCCCUCCAUUUCGCCGCUCAUGACGCCCGGCAGCGUCAGCCACGCCACCUCACCCGCCGCCGCUGCCGCCGCCCAGACCUCGGCCACCUCCACGCCACACCACGGGCGGCCGGUAGGGCAGCGGCAGGGCCCCGCGGGGCUCAUGGCCGGGGCCUCCUCUGGCUCGGAGACAGAACUCAGGAUAUAGCCACCCUCCGUCCCCCGUCCCCCCCAUCCCCCCCCGCGGCCCCGGGAGCGCCAGACCAGCGGCAGCUGACACUCACACUGACUGUUGUGGCCAAAUUGCAAAUGUGAUAUAGUUACUGGUGUGACGUUGCCAAUGUGCCGGAGCCGCGGUGCAGUGCGUGCCUCGUUGUAUAUUUGUGAAUACUUACGUGUAGGACCAAAGCCGGCACAGCAGAGACUCCCCUGGACCAGUGCCCCCCAACCCCCCCCUCACCGAGUGUGACCUGACCUGACCCCGGGUCACGGUGGACCUGUCCUCUACCGCCGCCUGAGGGGCAGCGCCGCCCGUGUGUGUGUGUGUGUGUGUGUGUCUGUGUGUGUGUGCGUCACCAUAAGACUUGGGUCCCGCCCCGCCCCGCCCCGCCCCGGACUGCCCUGUGUGGCGGCCGGCACCGCUGCGAGAAAACCGCCACUCUGCCUCCUAAGAGUAACGUGACCGAUGAAAAUAAACUCAUGAACGUAAUUGUGUGUGCGUGUUUGCGUGUGCGUGCGGGACAGAACGGAGCGCGGCGGCCUACAGAGAGUGCCACAAUAGAGUGCCAACCUGAACCAGACCUCCCAGUGCCACGCUACGGUGCCUCGGGGGUCCUUUGUGCCAAGUUACCCCCUUCCAUACCCUACACCCCAACACUCACCCCAGCCUCCCUUCCCACACCCCCUCCCACAGCAUGCCGAGAAACAACACCCCUCCCUACACCCAACCAACCUUCUAACCCCCCACAACCUCCCACAACCCCGACACAACCCCCAACCCUGAAGUAAUGUGUAUGUUGGGGAGACUUUAAUAGUGCCAAUGUCACCACACACACACACACACACACACACACACACACACACACACAGACACAGACACACACACACAGAGCCUCGGUGACUGGACAUACAUGAUAAACAAUACAUAAAACAAAACAAACAAGUCACAUUGAGGGGACGAGAAGCAAGCAAGGUGGUUCACUGGUGCGACACUUGCCGAGGCUCUUCCUUACACGGUUCGACUUCCGCGCGGAGAAGGAACAAACAAAUUAAUAAGUAAAAUAAUGAAUGAAUAUGUGCAAUGUGUGAAGGGGAAGAGUAGGACUGCCCCCCCCCCUCUCUCUCUCUCUCUCCUCCUCCUUCUUCUUCUUUCCUCUUUUUCCUUCUCCUUUCCUCUUUC